GAAUUCGGCAUUGGACUUGCAUGGGACAUUAUUUUUGUAAGGGAACAGCAUUGUCAACAUUCAAUUGUCCCCUUUCACCCUACAGAUCUACAGCGCACGCAGCCACAAUGGGGAGGAAGUUCUUUGUUGGUGGAAACUGGAAAUGCAAUGGGACCACUGAGUCAGUGAAGAAGCUGGUGGAGGUGUUGAACCAGGGGGAGGUGCCGUCUGAGGAUAUUGUCGAGGUGGUGGUCGCCCCCCCCUUUGUGUUCCUACCCCUGAUCAAGAGCCUGCUGCGGUCAGACUUCGCCGUCGCCGCGCAGAAUGCCUGGGUGAAGAAAGGUGGAGCAUUCACUGGCGAGAUCAGUGCGGAGCAGUUGGUCAACCUGGGUAUCCCCUGGGUCAUCUUGGGACACUCUGAGAGGAGGGCACUCCUUAACGAGUCUAACGAGUUUGUGGGGGCCAAGGUGGCAUACGCCCUGGAGCAGGGCCUGAAGGUGAUCCCGUGCGUUGGGGAGACGCUCGAGCAGAGGGAGGCGGGCAAGACCAUGGACGUCAUCACUGACCAGCUCAAGGCCAUUGCAGACAAGGUCGAGCACUGGGAGAACGUCGUCCUCGCCUAUGAGCCCGUGUGGGCGAUUGGCACCGGGAAAGUGGCCACCCCCGACCAGGCCCAGGAAGUCCAUGUUGACAUCCGCAAGUGGAUCGCCGCCAACGUCUCGGAGGACGUUGCGAGCCAGGUCCGCAUCAUUUACGGAGGCUCCGUAAACGGCGGCAACGCCAACGAGUUGGCUCACCAGCCGGAUGUAGACGGCUUCCUUGUCGGGGGGGCCUCCCUCAAGCCUGAGUUCAUUGACAUCAUCAAGGCUGCGGAGGUCAAGACGAAGUAAAAAGAGGUUUGCCAUUAAGAUUUUUGAUAUGCGGGGCCGAGUGUCAAGCUUUUAUUGGAGCAGCUUUAUUUCGUGGGCCUGCCUCGAGGAGGAGUGUGCUAUGAGGCUUGCUUUCUAGUGGCGAGUUCAAAACGCGGUUAUGACCAAGAACUCUUACUUACACCCUUUGAUUGAAAUUUGACUCCCAAAAUACCACGUAUGUCCGGCUUUCUCAAGUGACUGACC